CGCCUCGGAAAUGUAAACAAAACAAAACACCGCCUCAGCGCCGUGGUUCGCGCUCAGCCUGCUGUUUACUUUGAUCUGCGCAAUCGUUCUACAAAGGUGAGCUUGUUUCGGUGCGUGGGAUUGCUGCGGGGGGUUGAUAGAGAACGCGAGUGCUGACCUGUGAGGAACAUUGAGCAGUUGAAAACAUGUCUGAGUCCAUUGGCGUCGUCCAAGAUGCCCCCAUUACAUCCGUAGUCGGAUAUCCGCGUCUGCAAAUCAUCGACGAGGACAAGCAAUUCUCUGAGGAUGUCAACUCGUAUCUGGACAAAAUCGGCCUGCUCGAUAGCGGGAUGAACUACCACCUGAUCUCCGUCUUUGGCAGUCAGUCCACGGGCAAGAGUACUCUGCUCAAUGCCCUUUUCGGCACAAAGUUCGAUGUCAUGGACGAGACUGCGCGCCGGCAAACGACCAAAGGUAUCUGGAUGUCUCGAGCAAAGCAGGAUCGCAUCUUGAUCAUGGACGUCGAAGGAACCGACGGUCGCGAGCGCGGCGAGGACCAGGACUUUGAACGCAAAGCCGCCUUGUUUGCGCUAUCGACCUCCGAGGUUCUCAUCGUCAACAUCUGGGAGCACCAAGUCGGUCUCUACCAGGGCGCCAACAUGGGCCUGCUCAAGACGGUGUUCGAGGUCAACCUGAGCCUGUUUAGCAAGCCAAAUAAGUCGCUUUUGCUCUUUGUCAUUCGGGAUCACAUCGGCGUCACCCCGCUCGAGAAUCUAGCCGCCACACUUUCGGCUGAUCUCGAGCGGAUCUGGGAUUCGCUGAUCAAGCCACCCGCGCUCGCGGAUUCGAAAAUCACCGACUUCUUCACGCUUCAGUUCACAACCCUGCCUCACAAGAUCCUGCAACCGGAGCAGUUCUUCACCGCGGUCGACCAGCUCGGCAACAGAUUUAUCGCGGACGCAAAGGACACCAACUACGUCUUCGAUCCAAAGUUUCACCGCAACGUCCCGGCCGACGGCUGGAGCAUCUACGCCAAAAGCAUCUGGGAGCAAAUCGAGCUCAACAAGGAUCUCGAUCUGCCCACCCAGCAGGUUCUGGUCGCGCGCUUUCGCUGUGAGGAGAUUGCUGGUCAGGCCUGGGAGGCUUUCGAGGCAGCGAUCAAGCCUGUCGAGGGAAUGGCGGGUGUUGUCGCGGGUCUUGGCGCGAUUAUCGGGCCUGCGAGAAGCAAGGCUUUGGAGGUUUAUGAGUCGCAGGCGUCACGGUAUACGACCAGUGUCUAUGAAGAGAAGAAGAAAGAGCUGGUUAGCAAGAUCGAUCUGCGUCUGGUUCAGCUGUAUGCUGCGCAGAUCAUCAAUCUCAAGAAAAUUGCCGUGCAGAAGUUCAGUGCUGAUGUUACCGCCGAGCUCGCAAAGCCAAAAUACAAGUUCCUGGAAGCCGUCGGCACCGCCAAGCGAGAGACGAUGACGAUAUUUGAAGCUGCAGCAGCGGAAGCGCUGGUAGAGGGGACUUCCCUAUCCUAUGAGAAGGAUCUAGCCGCGCUGAGUGCUGAUCUUGAGGCCAACAUUAGCAGACUGAGAGAAGGUGAGUCAAAGAGAUUGGCUAAUCGGAUCACUCGCGUCGUGGCUUCUGAGCUGGAUGAAUCGCUGCCCUCGAUCUUUAGAAGUCCCGGCGAAGACAUGUGGGAUCGCGUUAUGCUUGACUUCCGUGAGACUGUUGCGACCGCGCUUGCAAAGUACGAAGUCACCAACGAGGAAGGCGAGACCAAGUAUGACUUUGGAUUGGGAGGACUUCCCGAAGAGGUUUCUGCGGAGAUUGAUCAGGUUCUUAUGGACGCAUGGAAGGUUCUGCACCGGAAAAUUCGAGAGUUUGGAAAGGCGGAAGCUGUUCUUCUCCGUCUGCGCGAGAUCUUUGAGACUAAAUUCAAGUACGACGAAAAGGGUGUGCCGCGCGUGUGGAAGCCGUCCGACAACAUCGAAGAGGUUUACACCACGGCCUUGAACGAGACGAUGGAGCUUAUCCCCGUCAUGACGAGCGCCAAGCUUGCGAACGGUGACCCUGUGGCGCCGGAUGCGGCGAUAAUCCCCGUUCUGGAGCGCGACGAGGAAAUCGAUGUGGAGAAGUUCUCGGUGUUUAUGAGUCGCACGCAGACCGAAGAGCUGCGUCAGAGUUUCAAGCGAAUCGCGGUGUCGAUGUACGUUGACGCGAAGCGGAGCACGAUCCAGAGUAUACGGCAGAUUCCGCUGUAUUUCUACAUUCUCUUGCUCGUGCUUGGCUGGAACGAGAUCGUGGCGGUGUUGCGUAACCCGCUUUAUUUUGCGCUCUUGGCUAUCAUGGCCGGUGGUGCGUAUGUGACCUAUUCGCUCGGACUGCUGGGACCUAUUACCUCUGUUGGUGGAGCGGCCUUGGAUCAAGCUCUGGCGAUGGGCAAGGAGAAGUUGAGAGAAGUGCUGCUGAGCGCUGAGCAGCCUCAUGGCCAUGCUACGGCUGUGAGCGGAAACAGAACCGCGAUAGCCGAGCCUGGAACGUUGAAGGAUGACAUCAAGCUCGACGAUUUGAGCGCGUCCGGCAAGACACUUGAGACUAGCAAGGAGAGAAGCGCGCCCGGUGGAUUUUAGGAUGCUGGGUGGGCAGGUAUAUAGUCUUUUCUUUUUUCUUUUGUGAGAGAAGGUUUUGAGUGAU